AACAAGGCAGAUUAAAGAAAUACUCAGUGUAUCAUAUGUGAGAAUUUUCACUACACAAUUUUUUAUUGUUUGCAAAGUUCGAAAAUAUAAUAAAUUCUGUAAUCUGUGAACAAAAAGCUUCAGAAAAUCACUUGUUUGACUAAUUAAUUGAUGAUUCAUAUUUAAAAAGGUCUUUUGAAAGUUAUUUUUAAAUACAAAUGUAGCGUGUAUCAGACGAAAGAAAAAGAGUUGAGCAUUUACAAAGAUAUCAGGCACUCUGUAUUGUCUCAAAGAUCAAAAUAAUAUAGGGCAUUUAAAAUGUCCCAAGCAAAAGGUGAACAGCCACUGAUAUAUUACACACAUCAAGAGGCAAAUCACCAAAGAUAAUACACACAUUUACAUCUUUUUUGUGUUCAUUUUUUACAACUUACUUAUUCUUUUUUAUCUGUAGUUGAACAACUUAUUUGUAAACUCAAAUAUUCUAUCGCGGUUUAUGCAGUGUUUGUGAAUCAUUCAAGUCAAUAUCACGUUAAAAUGACGACGGAAACAACAGAAAAAUAUGUUGUAUUUGAAACAGAUAUGGGUGCUGACGACGCCUGGGCGCUGCAAAUGCUACUGAAAGCAGAAAAACAUUUAAAAAAUGUAAAAGUGUUGGCAAUUACAAUAGUGAAUGGCAAUACAACGGUUGAAAAUUCGAUUAAAAACACAUACCGUAUCUUGGACGGCCUUGAUCGCACUGACAUUCCAAUUUACAAAGGCGCAACAGAGGCAUUAAUUCCAGGGGAGCUGAAGAGAGGAACAUGGUACGGUGGAAAUGGAUUUUGUGACGUUGAUUUUUGGGAUACAAAUGUUUAUCCCAGUGACGUAAAAACGUUGGUUCAACCGAAACAUGCUGUUGAAAUCAUCAGAGAUUUGAUAUUAGAGCAUCCACACAAAAUAUCACUUAUUUGCCUCGCGCCAUUAACCAAUAUAGCAUUGGCUGUUAAAACUUAUCCAGAAAUCAGAGACAAAAUUUGUGAAAUUUUCAUAAUGGGCGGAAAUUUUCAAGGAGUUGGAAAUACAACAUCGUGUGCUGAAUUCAAUUUUUACAUUGACCCAGAAGCUGUCCAUAUCGUACUGGAAACAGUAACCUGUCCCAUUAUUAUUCUUCCUUGGGAAUGUUGUCUUGAAGAAAAUCUCUUAAUAUCGACAGAAUGGAGAUUCAAAACAUUUGAACACGUUAAAUGUAAGAACGUGGCAUUGUUCAAUGAAAUAGAUGAAAUUGCAUAUAAAGACUGUGAUUCUUUCGCACCGUGUGAUGCUUAUUUGACAGCGGCAUUUUUAUUUCCCGAAAAAUGUAUACUCACAAAACGACAAUACCAUGCCACAAUUGAAUUGCAAGGAGCACAUACUCGGGGGCAAGUCGUUUUGGAUCACAACCGUCGAAACAAACACAAUAUCACCAUGAUUCAAACUAUGAAUGAGGAGGAAGUGAAAAACGCUUUAAUUUUAGCUGGCACACCCCAAUGAUGAAGAAUUACAAUUAUCCACCAUUAUUUUGGGUCAAUUCUUUAUUAAUUUAAUAUAAGUAUGUCACGCUGAUUUUACAAUAAAAAUGUUUUUAUUUCUUU